CUCUCCCCUCACCCCCUCAUCCCACAGCCCCCGCUCGGCCACUGCCGCCGCCGCCGCCUACUCUUCGCGACUCUCCCCAUAGCAGCGGAUCCUGCGCAGGCAAGAGCGGUCCCUUCCUCUUCUCCCAGCCCACGCUUCCCCUGCCGCCGCCGCCGCCACAUUCGGGUCAUCCCGAAUCCGCCACCCAUCAUUGGCCCCUGCUGCUUGCUGCUAUGGUGUAGUUCUCUUUCCAUGGCUAUUGUCCGGCGGCAUCCCGUACCCCUUUUGCUGCAGAUCCGAGCUCAAGCAGGUUACCCCUCAUUGGAUUUUCGGUGCCACUCGUCUGGAUCGAGCAGAUGCAGGUACUGCCAUCAUCCCCAAAUCAUUUUCAAGUAGCUGACAUAUGAAUCCCCAAACUAUUCUCGAGUGGCUGACAUAUGAAUAGAUCUCCAAUAGGCCGACAAUCCCUGGUUCAAUUUUGUCCAUGGUCAGUGAUACAGAUCCCUUCCUGUCCGACCCUUCUUAUGUUGUGGUUGUAGCAAUUGUGAAAUCAAGUUGGCAUCCUUCAACGCCCUCUUCUUCUGCAAGGGUCUGUGCAAGGAGUCCCUUGAAUUUCCUUUGAUUCAUGGAUAUUAGGAAUUCACUAGGUAAAAAAGCACUACUGAUUUUAAGUCAUCCUUUUUGCAAUGUAAGUGUAGUAGUGCCUCUGUAACCUUGUAGAAAUUCAUGUAUAUUAACUUUACAUUUUCUUGAAAGAAUUAUAUGCAAGACUAAAUAUAGAUCUGCGACAUGUUUAGGGUAAAGAUUCAGAUACAUGAUGAAAUAGCACACACAAGAAUAUGUGAUGCCUCAGUUGAGAUAUUACUAAAUGUUCAUAGUUGUAUGCUAUUGUUUUGACUACAUUAAAAUAUAGGAGUCAUUCUGGUUGAGAACAUGGUAAACUUUCAGUGUUAAUUGUGAAUGUACACUGGCUUGUUUGAUUGCCAUUAUCAUUUUUGAUAUAAUCAUAUGGUUUUGUUUCCUUAAAAGGUUGAAAGAUAGAAAUAGCUAGUGCUGCUUCAUAGAUUACAUUUUUUAGAUAAAGGAUUAACCCAGCCUCUAUAUUCUUAUUACCAAAUUGCCGACCCAAUUCAUGAUCUCAAUUUGACAUUUUGGUGAUUGGUGAAUGGGAAAAAGGAGUAUUGGACUAGUAACCUUUUGGAAAUAGUUUAAUACAAAAUGUAAGAUUUGACUGUAUGAUGCUGACUGCUGAAUUAUACUAAGAUCGUGGAGAUAACAAGCUCGAGUGUACUUCAUUUCACACACUCUCUGCACCUUUUAUGUAGCAGCAUACUCAACUGAUUGGUUGUAAUUUUAUUUAUAGUGCUGCUGCUGCUAGCUAGCUACUGAGUUGUCCAAAACACUGCAUACGAUGUGAUAUAGGGAAAAGGCUGCCUAGGAAAAGGUACCUUGCUGAAAUCUGGAAGGUGAAUGACUCUAUUAUAUCCUGGUAUUUCAUUAUUUAGCUUGUUAUAGUUUUAAUGUUACAAAACUGCAUAUUGUGUGGAUUGGGAGAACUACGUACAUAUAUGAUAUGUUCAUGCAAAUUGUCUUAUAUCUAAUUUAAUUUAAUUUUAGGGUAGAAAAUCGAUAGUUGUGGGCACUUUGCAGCAAGUUCGCUUUCCUCCUCAUUACUGAAUCAGGUAUAAGGACACAAUAUACUAGCCUUUCAUUGAGUAGGUUGGUCUCAUUUUUUAAUCUUCAGUUAGAGUGGGUUGAUCUUAAGUAGUUUUGUUUUGAGCCAAACUGAACUCCUGUAUGAUUCCUGUGCACAUUUUAUUGAUUGUUGGGUUCAAGAAUUUACAAAAAGACAAUUUAGGAUCAAAAGAUUCUAGCAGUGCUUCUUUACUUUAUUAUAAACAAGACUGAGCUUGUGUAUGGUUUCUACCCAUGACUUCGAUCAUCAUUACUAUUUAAUUUUCAGUUUUGACAACUUGAACAUGGUUCACCAUCUAAUUCAGUUAAUUUUGUCACUUGGUUAGGUAAAAAAAUACAAUGAGAUGGAGCUAGCCGUAAGUGUCAUCAUGCUUCAAUUCCACCUCAAGGUGAAUUUAUGUUGAUCUUUACUUGACUGAAAGUUAUGUUGAGCUGUCUUGUCUUAAUGUUCAGAUAUCUUUCUGGGAGUCAUAUAUACACUAGGAGCUAUGGAAGUUCAAGCAACCUGUAAUAUGGUGACACUAGAUCUUAAAGGAUGUAUAUUUGGUGGAGUACUCGUACAAUUUGUCACAAGGACUUUAGAUCAUUUACUUAUUUUAUUCCAAUAGCUUACUUAUUUUAUUCCAAUAGCUUGAUGGAUGUCAUUCUGAUCUGUAUGUAACAUGUAUAUGGAACUAUCAGAAUUUUCUUUUGAGAAACAACUAUCAGAAAAAUUGGUUUUGGUGGAGUUAUGAAAUUGUAGUUGCGUGUGCAAAUCUGCAUGUGGAUAUUAUUUUUUUUACCUUUAUUAGUUGGUUUCCUGACGGUUAUACCGUCAGGAAUCCGUUAACUUUCCUGGAUAUGGCCUGCCGUCAGGAAUUGCCGUCAGGAAAGCAUUCCUGUCGGCCAACCGUCAGGAGAAAUGGACCUUUCCUGACACUGGGCUCCUGUCGGCGUGUUCCUGACGGUGAGGCGUAAGGAAUAGAACUCCUGACGGUUUUCCACCAUUUCUUGACGGUUUUUGACCGUCAGUAAUUUCCUGUUUUCUGGUAGUGAUAAGGUUGGAGUUUAACAAAGACCAUAUCUCCCACUGAGAAUGAACGCUCAGAAUGAUGUUUAUCAGCCUGCUUGUAUACGAGAUUUAGCUAUGCUGAGAUGGUGCUUGGUCAAGGUGGUAAUAAACUUGUGGGUCUUGUAACCACACAGAAAGCUUUGGAGCUUGCAAAACAUCAAUAAAAGAAAUACUGAAAUGCUUGGAAGUGUAACUAUACAGUGCUUCGAAAGGAGAUCAACCCACUGCCGAAUGAUAACAACAAUUGUACCAGAACUCAGUCAAAAGGGACACUUGGUUGGCUUGGGUAGUGGAAUAUCUCUAGCUAUGGGAUCUAGUUUCAGAUUUUACACUUAAUGAUUUGGAGGAUGUUCAUCACUGGAAGUUGGAAUCCUCAUGUUCCUUCUCUACUAAAUCAGCCUACCGAGCUUUCUUCUCUGGUUCCAUUACAUUUGAACUUUGGAAGCGUUUGUGGAAAUGUUGGGCUCUCGGAAAAUGCAAAACUUUUAUUUGGCUAGCAAUCCGGAAUCGCUGUUGGACAGCUGACCGGUUACAAAAAAGAGGACUCCCCAACCCGAAUCACUGCCCCCUCUGUGAUCAAGAAGAGAAAACGGUACAACACAUCCUCACGACGUGUUUUUGCUAGACAAUUCUGGUUCGCUGUCUUGCAGCCCUUGAAUUUGGCCGCAUUAGUCACUAGCCGAAGAACUGUUUCUUUGGCUGAUUGGUGGUUGAGAGCUUGGAGGAAAGUCCCUAAACAGCACAAAAAAUGGUUUAAUUCACUGGUCAUGCUAGGUGCUUGGAUCAUUUGGAAACACCGUAAUGCAUGUGUCUUUGAUGGACUAGCUCCCUGCCUCCAAGUUGCUUUGCAAGCCUAUAAGGAUGAAUUGCAGCUUUGGAUAGCUGCAGAAGCUAAGGGACUCAGGGCCCUGCGUGUACGACAGAUAGAGUGAAGACACCAUUAGGGUGUUUUGGUCAGAUCCUACCUCUCUACACUUUUCUGUAAGAGUCUUUUAGGAGUUUUGUUCAACCGUCACCCAUUCUGGCCCAAGGUGGGUGAUCGGUGGUGUAAAUUGGCCAUUCUCUUCUUCUUAAUACAAAGAUGCGCAUCUCUCCUGUGUGUUCGAGAAAAAAAAAAGAACUCAGUCAAAGAAAGCAACCUGCUUCGUUUAGUUGGACAAGGAUUGACAAAACAACGCAAAUAUAUUUUCAUAGUUUGGUUCAAGCGCUCAGUUUGUUCGUCUGACUGAGGAUGGUAAUUGGAGCUCAUUUGAAGCUUAACACCAGCUAAACCGAAUAGCUCCUUCCGAAAUAGACUUGUAAAAAAUACGAUUACGGUCAGAAACUACAGAUUGUGGCAUUUCAUGGAGCUUGUAAAUAUGGUGCAUGAAUAACUUGAACCACUCCCGAUGCAGAAAAGGAAUGUUUAAGAGGGACAAAGUGAGCAUAUUUGGUAAAUGAAUCCACCACCAUAAGUAUGCAAUUAACAGCACCAGAUAAAGGCAAGCCCUCUACAAAAUCUAAGGAUAUUAUCUGCCAGGCUUCAGACGGCACAGGAAGAGGUUGAAGCUUACCAGGUAGCUUGGCUCGAUCAGACUUGGCUUGCUGGCAAAUCAAGUAGGAUUUCACAAAACUCUUGAACAUUAGUCUUUCAAGCUACGCCAAGCAAACGUCUGUUUCGUUCUUCUAAAGGUUACUGGCACCCCUGAAUGGCUCUCCGAGUGCACUAAAGUGACAAGCUUCCAGAAGUUCUGUCUGCAGAUCAGGAUUGUUGCCAAUCCAGAUACGGUUCUUAUAACGCAACACACUAUUUUGCAGUGUGGAAUGAGGAACAGUUAUUGGGUCAUUAGAAAGCUUGGAAAUCAUAUCCAUUGUAACUGAAUAACUUGAAACCACUUCUAAAACCCAUUGUGGAGUGCAAGUAGAUACUGCAGCACAAUGGGAAGUGUGAGAAGAUUUCUUGAACAAGGCAUCAGCCACUUUGGUGUCGAUCCCUUUCUUGCAAAUGAUUUUAUAUUGGAGCCCAAGCAGUUUAGAGAACACUUUUUGCUGCCAAUGAGUAUGCAACGUAUAUAGGAGUACGUUGGAUCAAAGUUUUUCUGGUCGGUAUACAAGAAACUCUCCAUGUUGCAGAUAAGAUCUCCAUUGUUGGACUGCCAUCAAUAUUGCCGGGUAUUCCUUCAUGUAGGUAGAGAACCCCUUCUCUUCUGGAUAUUUUGCAGAUAACCCCAUAAAUUAGAUUGGUUGCGAUCAAGAUAUAUUUACAAAACACCCCUAAUAUUUGAUAUUUACCCCCUUAAAUUGGAUCGCGAUCCAAAUAUGACGGUUAUUUGUAAAUAUUCGCGAUUUUUGGCGAACAGGCCCCUCGUCGGGUCUCGACGCUUGCGGCGGAGGGGCUGAGGCAGAGACGAGGCUCCGGCGGGCGGCGACGGCAGCCGGACGUCAGGGCCCGCCGCCGGAGGGGCUCCACAAUCCACGGAUAGCAGCAGCCCACGGCGGGCACACCGCACACACACGGAAGCGGGGCCCACGGUUAAUUUUUUCGUCGUGACCCCCUCCGAUAAGCCUGCCACGUCAUAGCAUCUCAGUUGGUAGCAGUAGCACUCCACCGCAGUCACGCCCCCCCCCCCCCCCUCCGCUCCCUUCCUCCUUCUCCGUCGGCACGGCGCCAGCUCCGAGGCGGGACCGGAGGAGGGCAUGGCGCGGCGCGCGGCAGCGGCGGCGAGGCUUCUACGCCGCCUGGGCCCGCUCGCCUCCGAGCCGCCGGUGCGAGGCAUACCUCAUACUCAAUAUGAAUUCGCAAGCCGCACUGUGAGUUCCUGUAGAAGAUUCCAUUGGAUUCCCAGUCUACAGCGUCCACCUCAUGGACCUAGAACUAAUGUGGAAACAUAUGAAGGGAAACACAGUGCUAAUAUGGCUUCUGAAGUUCAGAAGCGCACAUUUGGUUCUGCGGCAACACAUAUUCAGAGGAAUCCAGCCUAUUCAGAGCUGAACUCUGAUGAUGUUUCUUACUUCAAGAGCAUCUUGGGUGACAAUGGUGUAGUUCAGGAUGAAGACAGAAUCGCAGUAGCAAACGUAGACUGGAUGGGUAAAUACAGGGGUGCAAGUCAGCUACUACUUUUACCAAAAAAUACUACAGAGGUUUCUAAGAUUCUUUCAUAUUGCAACACCAGACGAUUGGCUGUGGUUCCACAAGGUGGCAAUACAGGCCUCGUAGGUGGCAGUGUGCCUGUUUAUGAUGAGGUGAUUGUCAGCCUCGCAGGCAUGGACAAAAUCAUUUCCUUUGAUAAUGUAAAUGGUAUUCUUACUAGUGAAGCUGGUUGUGUGUUGGAGAAUUUAAGUACCUUCGUGGAAAAUGAAGGGUUUAUUAUGCCACUUGACUUGGGAGCGAAAGGUAGUUGCCAAAUUGGUGGAAACAUUUCAACUAAUGCUGGUGGCCUGCGUUUCAUACGCUAUGGUUCACUUCAUGGAAAUGUACUUGGUCUUGAAGUUGUGCUGGCUGAUGGGACAAUCCUUGAUAUGCUUACUACCUUACGGAAAGACAAUACUGGGUAUGAUCUGAAGCACUUAUUCAUCGGAAGUGAAGGUUCGCUAGGAGUGGUUACCAAAAUUUCAGUACUUACACCUGCAAAGCUACCUGCAACUAAUGUUGCAUUUCUUUCCUGCAAUGACUACACAAGCUGCCAGAAAUUACUGCUUGCAGCUAGGAGGAACUUGGGUGAGAUCCUGUCUGCAUUUGAAUUCAUGGAUCAUCACUGUAUUGAUCUGGCUAUGCGACAUUUGGAAGGAGUUCAAAAUCCUUUACCUGCAUCUCAGUACAAAUUUUAUGUUCUAAUUGAGACAACAGGGAGUGAUGAAUCGUAUGACAAAACAAAACUGGAAGCUUUUUUGUUGCGUUCAAUGGAAGAUGGUCUGGUUUCUGAUGGCGUCAUAGCGCAAGAUAUCAGCCAAGCAUCAAACUUUUGGCGUAUCCGUGAGGGUAUAUCAGAGGCGUCUGUUAAAGUUGGAGCUGUGUACAAAUAUGACUUGUCCAUACCUGUAGAGAAGCUCUAUGAUAUUGUUGAAGAAAUGCGCUGUCGUCUUGGUGAUAAUGCAGAGGUAUUGGGCUAUGGCCACCUUGGAGAUGGAAAUCUGCAUUUAAACAUCCUAUCAAGCAAAUAUGACGACAGUACUCUUGCACAAAUUGAACCAUUUGUCUAUGAGUGGACUUCAUCACAAAGAGGAAGCAUAAGUGCAGAGCAUGGUUUGGGCCUAAUGAAAGCAGAGAAGAUUCACUACAGCAAAUCACCUGAAGCAGUGCAACUAAUGGCUUCCAUCAAGAAGCUGCUGGACCCCAAUUCAAUCCUGAAUCCCUACAAGGUUCUGCCGCAGUCUGUACUGUAGCUAACGGUCCUCUGUUAUCCUGUAGUUGAAAGAAACCUGGUUAUUUCCAAACUAAUAUUUUGUCCCCUAACUUGUGAAGCUAACGGUCCUCUGUUAUCCUGUACUGUAGCUAAUUCAAUCCCGCUGCUUCCGCCAUCCACAUGGGAUUAUGGAAAGCAUGCGGGGUUUCUGUUCUGAUGGUACCAGUAGGUUAACAGAUCGCAAGCGCUCAACUUCACCGCGUUGAAAAGGCAGCUGAAAUAAGUCUGGAGAACUUUAUCCAAAAAGGAAAAGGUCUGGAGAAGCACGGCAUUGACAUGUGCCAAGUCUUCACCUUUUGUCAAAGUGACAAGUGGUUAAACAGAUUAAAGAUGCAUUCAUGCAAAGGAUUUUUUUUUGCCAA